AUGCGACAUCCCGCUGACUCGCCUUCAUGGAGAAAUAUUGAUUAUAGGUGGCCAGAAUUUGGUAGCGAAGCAAAAAACAUUCGCUUGGCUUUGUCGGCAGAUGGGAUAAAUCCACAUAAUAAUGGACUAACAAACAGAUAUACUUGUUGGCCGGUAGUUUUAGUAAUAUAUAACCUUCCUCCCUGGUUAGCCAUGAAAAGGAAGUUUAUGAUGUUAACAAUACUAGUUUCCGGUCCGCAUGAGCCUGGUAAUAACAUCGACGUGUAUUUACAGCCGUUAAUUGAUGAUUUAAAGAAGCUUUGGGAAGAAGGCGAACCAAAUGUGUAUGAUGCGCAUAGUAAAUCAUAUUUUACUUUGAGAGCAGUUUUGUUAUGGACAAUAAAUGACUUUCCUGCCUACGGAAACUUGUCUGGCUGCGUUAAUAAAGGUUAUAUGUGUUGUCCAGUAUGCGGGGAUGAUACCGUUGCUAAAUAUUUGAGCCAUAGUAGGAAGAUGUGUUAUUUAGGUCAUCGACGUUAUUUGCCUAGAAAUCAUCCUUAUAGGAGGCAGCGGGCAGCAUUUAAUGGAGAACAGGAGUUGGGGCACGCACGGCAACCUCUUUCUGGAGAAGAGGUCUUAGCGCAGCAAGAACGGAUUAAAUUUGAAUUUGGGAGGGAAGGAAGAAAGUCAAAGAAGGUGGACUGUCCAUGGAAGAAGAAAUCGAUUUUUUUUGAGUUGGAAUAUUGGAAGUUUCACCAUGUUCGUCAUUGUCUUGAUGUCAUGCACGUCGAGAAGAAUGUGUGUGAUAGUGUGAUUGGCACAUUAUUGAAUAUGAAAUUUAAGUCUAAAGAUACGGCUGCUUCUCGUCUUGACAUGAUUGAUAUGGGGGUCAGGGCUGAUUUAGCUCCUGAAGUCGGAGUUAGGAAGACCUACUUGCCUCCUUCUGUUUUUAAUUUGUCAAAGGCUGAAAAAAAGGUAGUUUUAUCAUCAUUAAUGCAUAUGAAACUUCCCUAUGGACAUGCGUCGAACAUAAAAAAUUGUGUUUCGAUGGAUGAAUUGAAGAUGUUUGGGAUGAAGUCCCAUGAUUGUCACAUCCUACUGCAGCAAUUACUUCCUGUCGCAAUUCGUUCGGUUCUUCCCAAACAUGUGAGGGUCACAAUAAUAAGACUAUGUUUCUUUUUUAAUGCUUUAUGCUGCAAAAUUGUAGACGUGUCGAAACUAGAUAAGUUACAAACAGAUGUCAUAGUGACCUUGUGUGACCUGGAAAAGAUCUUUCCAGCAUCAUUUUUUUAUGUAAUGAUACAUCUGGUAGUUCACUUGGUUCGGGAAUUGCGGUUAUGUGGGCCAGUGUUUUAUAGGUGGAUGUAUGCUUCUGAACGGUUUAAUAAGGUAUUGAAGAGUUACGUAAGAAACCAUUAUUAUCCCGAAGGUUGUAUAGCAGAAAGCUACCUCGGAGAAGAGUCGGUAGAAUUCUGCCAAGAGUUUGUUAAUCAAAGUUGCACCACUGCUGGUAUUCGCAAAGAUGCAGGAAAGCUAAGUGGUCCAUUAUCUGUUGUGAUAAUGAAAUCAAUUGAAGAAAAAGAGCGAGAUGAGGUGUUAGAUAUAAUUGAUGAUUACUAA